CUGACGCUCAGGCCACGCCCACAUUUGGGCGGAAGUGCCCUCAGAGCGCCCCGGGGAGAUUUUGGGAGGAGCCGCUCUGGCCCGCGGGCGGCGCUCGGUGUUGGUUCGGUGACGUCACUUCCGGCGCUCUGCAGCUUCCGGCGUGACUCGUUGGUUCCGGCGAGCGGCGCGCGGGGGUGACUUUGAGAGGGAACUGGCAUGGCAGAGGACAUCAGGGCCAAGCUGGGCCGGUACAAGACGGCGCCGUUCGACAGCCGCUUCCCCAACCAGAACCAGACCCGCAACUGCUGGCAGAACUACCUGGAUUUCCAGCGCUGCCAGCGCGCCAUGGCCGCCCGCGGCGCCGAUGUCACCCCGUGCCAGUGGUACUUCCGCGUCUACAAGUCCCUGUGCCCCACCUCAUGGGUGACCGCGUGGGACGAGGCCCGUGAGGAGGGGACCUUCCCCGGCAAGAUCUGAGCCGGUGGUGGCACCGGUGACACCGAGGGGAGGUGGCACCGGGAGGUGACAUCAGUGACACCGAUGGGGGCGGGGAGGGGACACGGAGCGGUGGCACCGCCAAUAAAGGGUUAAAAACUGG